AUGGGCAGUGGUUCGUCGAAGUCGGGCGCCACUGCCGGGACCGCGGCCGGAGGUGUUAGGCACCAGUUCGCGGCCAGGGAGCCCCGCGACGUCGAGUUUCUUGAGCCAGAGUCGACGCCGUCAGGUCAGGCGACGCAGGACGUGCGACAGCAGCGCUGGGCCAGGCGCGACACGGUGCAGAGUUUCUCAGCGACGGCGGAAGCGACGCGAACGGCGAGACUGAGGAAAAAGUCGUCCAAGUCCGACGGCCAUGUCGACACGGACGAGGAGGUGGACGAGUUGGAAACGACUCUCAACUCUCUCGGUGUCGUGGGUCGGAGUCUGUGGGACGACGCUCAGGCGUACGAUGCUGUGAAGACGACCCGGAAAUCGGGCCAGGGGCUGUUGUUCGACGCCGACGACGAGGAUCCCACGAUUGCUCGGGAACUGCCUGUCAGGAAUAUCGGGGCUUCCUCUCUCGGUGUGGCCAAAACCCGACGAAACAACAUCGAAGGUGUCGACAUCGAAAAAUUCAAAGCCGUCAACUCGUUGGCGGAGUCCAAGCGUCAGGAACCACCCCGACUGCUCCAGCGCUCCACGUCUGACCCUAUCGACACCACGCCGUCCUUACCGAAAGCGGUACCGAAAUACGACGAGAGCGACGCCAAGCUGCUGGCAAGCAUCGAAAAUGAGUUCGUCUACUGAUCAUAGCAAAAUUUCCGUGAACGGUUUUUGACGUCCACACGAUACCCACUUCUCAUUGACGGCAACCGCUUGCGACUCUCGACCCCGGGGCACUUGGACGAGGAUUGCUUUGUGAUGCGCGUUUCAUGGCAAUGAGCAUUAAAAUCUCGACGCAUUAUUUAUCCAGA